ACCCAGGCCCAGGCCCGCACUCGCUGCGGUAUUUCUACACGGCGGUGUCGGAGCCCGGCCCGGGGCUGCCCCAGUUCAUCCCAGUCGGGUAUGUGGACAGUCAGCCCAUCUACCACUACGACAGCGAGACGCGGAGAGCGGAGUCCCGCGCGGAGUGGGCGAAGCGGAGCCUGGACGCGCAGUACUGGGAUGGGAUCAGCCAGACCUUACAGGGCUGGGAGGCCACGUUCCGAGCGAACCUGAACAUCGCGCGCCAGCGCUACAACCAGAGCGCGG